GCACAUUCACAAUGUCAACUCCUUUCAUCCCAGACUUCCGUUCAAUCGGGCAGAACAUCUACUUCUACGAGCCGGAUCUGAAUGACACACCAAUACCCCAGGAUGCAAAGACGCAUCCCACCCUAAUCAUCCUGUGCACCUGGUUCGGCGGCGCAACACCCCGCCGCGUGGCCAAAUACACCAGCGGCUACCGCCAACGUUAUCUCCGCACACCCAUCCUGCUCAUCAACACUUCUUUCCGCGAUUAUGCCGCUCGAUCACUUCACUCCAUCGAUGCGAAUCUCACUCCAGCUAAGAAUACAAUAACCAAGAUAUUGCAAUCCACUCCCAAUGCCACGAUCUUGCUCCAUGUGUUCUCCAACGGCGGCUGUAACACUGUCACCCAGCUCGCGCGAGCAAUGAAAUCUCCAUCAUCAACCUCUGCUAUACCAGCAGACUUCAAAUCAGCACUGAAGCUAAUCAUCUUCGACUGUUGUCCUGGCGACUCAUCGUUUGACAGACUCUACGCUGCCGGAGCAAUGGCUCUGCCGACUGCUCAGCCUGGUCGUGCGAUUGGAACCGCAGUGCUUUAUUCCACUGCUAAAGUGGCAUACGCGCUGCAGGGUGUUGGGGCUAUGAGGUCCAUAGAUGAUUACCGCGCGGAUUUGAAUGAUCCAGAAAUCUUUGGCGAUGCACGUAGGUUGUACCUCUAUUCUAGGAUUGAUGACAUGAUUCCCUGGAAAGAUGUAGAAGGGCAUAUGAUCGAGGCUAGUGGCAGGGGGUAUGCUGUUACAGGUGUCGGUUUUGAGGAUGGGAAGCACUGUGGGUUAGUGAUGGGGGAUGAGAGACGGUAUUGGGAUGCUGUGGAACGGGCAUGGGAAGGAGGGAAGACGAUCCUUGGGGAGAGGAGUAGACUCUGACUGAAUUAGUAUCUGAGGAUAAGCGAAGGUGGUCUGGGUGGCCUUGAGAGGUGCUGAACGAGUACCCUAGAAUUAGAGAUAUAUAGCGACUACCUUUCUGAUGGAGUAUAAUCUGUCAGUGAAUCAGGAACGAACUAGUCAGCCUGAAGAUUCAUUAGAUCCACC